ACUCAUUCUUUAAUGCUCUGACAUUGUUUCUUUUUUCUUUUCAGAUCUCCUAAGUUCUCCCGACAACAAUGAUAUUGAGCCAAUUACGAAAGCCAAGACAUUCUACAAAGCAUGUAUGGACAAAGAAUCUAUAGAAAGCCAGGGAAAUCAGUAUAUGUUAAAAUUCAUAUCUGAUCUUGGUGGUUGGCCUGUCCUCAAUAGAUCAUGGAAAGGUAGUAACUUUGACUUGGAAAACAGUAUAGCCACAGCACGACAGUAUACGACAAAUUUUGUGUGGCCCAUACCGCAUGGUAUAAUGAUGGGUCUUAACAUACUAAACGAUUAUAAAGUGUACGGAAAACACGUGCUUUAUUUAGAUCAGCCGUCAUUGUUAAUGGAAGGAAGAGACAUGUAUCAGGACGACCAGCUGAUCACCGCCUACAUCAAGUAUACAACAGAUAUAGCUAUAGCCCUAGGUGCUGAUCCUUCUGUUGCUGCCACACAGAUGAAAGAACUUGUAGAGUUUGAAAAGCAAAUUGCAAAGAUUACUGUGGCAGUUUCUGACAGACGAGAUAUGGAAGGCAAUUACAGAAGAAUGAAUGUAUCCAGUCUGGCAAAUUUGUACCCAAAGUUUGACUGGUUACGUUACCUAAAAGCAACAUUCCGCGGCACAACUGUUACCAUUGGAGCGAACGAACCCGUUGUUCUGUGGAUGAAACCAUAUUAUGACCAGUUGUUCCCUUUACUGGAAAAAACUCCAAACAGAACGAUCGCAAAUUACAUCGUCUGGCGAUUGAUAACACCACAAUUUAUCACCAUGGAGGGAAAAUUUAGUCUCAUGAACCUACAGUUUAGAAAGAGUACAGAGGGUGUGAAGGAGUUAAAACCGAGAGGUCUGCGAUGCUCUGAGUCCACUAAUCAAUAUCUGGACCAUGCCACUGGACGUAUGUAUGCUGAAAAAAUAUUUGGACCCAAAGAACGAGAUCACAUGCUAGAGCUUAUAAGUUAUCUAAGACGAGUUUUUAAAGACAUUGUAAACAAAGCAGACUGGAUGGACGAUAUAACCAAAGAAGAGGCUCUGAAAAAGUUAGAGGCAAUGAAGGCUCUUAUAGGAUUCCCAAGUUUUAUCUUUAAUGAUACCAUACUAACGGAGUCCUAUUCUAAUGUUAGUGUUUCCUCGACCAAUUUCUUUGAGAACUUGAAAAGUAUCCGACGUCAUGUUGGUUUGAAGCAACUUGAAGAACUUCGUCAACCCAGUUAUGAAAGGUGGCCAGAAAGACCCGCUGUUGUGAAUGCAUACUAUCACAGUGGCCUUAAUGCUAUAGUCUUUCCUGCUGGUAUUUUGCAGAGCCCAUAUUACGAUAUCAAUUAUCCCUCAUCUAUUAACUUUGGCGGUAUAGGUUUGGUGAUAGGUCACGAAAUAACGCACGGUUACGAUGCUUCCGGUCGCGCAUUUGACGCCAAAGGUUUACUUCAUAACUGGUGGAGCAAUUAUUCCCUGGAGAAUUAUAACGAGAAAGCAGCUUGUGUUAUAAACCACUACAGUCUAUUUACAGUUCCUAACAUUAAUAUGAAUAUAAACGGCAAUAAGACAUUGAGUGAAAAUAUCGCUGAUAUAGGAGGUAUCAAGCAGAGCCAUCUGGCCUACAAAUUAUGGUUGAAGGAGAACAACAAUAACGACAAACGCCUACCAGGUCUUUCAAAAUAUUCCGAUGAACAAUUGUUCUUUAUCAACACGGCACAGUUGUGGUGUUCGAAGUUCACAGAUGAAGCUGCCAGGAGAAGUGUUCUGACUAGUGUUCAUAGUCUACCAAUGUUCAGGGUACUAGGAGAGUUGAGAAAUUCGCACGGGUUUUCUGAGGCAUUUAAUUGUAAAGUUGGAAGCUAUAUGAAUCCAGAUCAACCAAAGUGUUCUCUGUGGUAGCUGUGACGUCAUCAGUGUUGACUCUUAUUGCCAUAGUGACCAUUAAUUCAUAAUUCUUCUUAGUGAAUAGAAUCUGCCAAAAUGGUCAGUUAUUGUGAAAAUGACAGUUUAACAUUAAAAAUCCAUGAGUUGGCCUGUGUUUAUAAGAAUUCUAGGGUUUUCUGACACAAAUACAUAUGUUGAAAUACUCAAGACUGGAGUGAAUGUUUUCUGAUCAAAUUACAAUGAGGUCUUACUUGAUGCGUCUGUCAGGCCACAAGAGAGAGUUCUGUUUCAGGUCUCCCUACUUACCGUUUUUUAACUUUCGACCCUAGACUUUAAUUGUUUUUUUUCCCUCAGAUUUUCUCGAAAUCCUUUCAUUACAAUAAAAAUAUAAUGUAUGUUUAUGAUAAAUAUAUUAACUAAAGAGAUGUUCUGUUAUGGGUUGGAAACAAGAACCUGACCUAUUUUCUUUGGCCUCACAUUUCAAUAUUUGACAUUUGUGCGUGGGGAGAGGUGUUUUAAUUAUGUCUUGUUUUACGAAUUUAUUUAAACUAUAAAAAAUACCCUUAUGUACCACAACGUUUGUUUGUUACUAUAACUAGUAUUAUUGCCUAAAAACGUACCAGAAUUUAAGUUUUAUGAACUAUUAUUAUAAAUAUUUCGUUCAAUAUUUCGUUUAAUACUUGAACGAAAAUUUCCAACUUGUAAUAUACAUGUUUGCACUUUAUUUCCUAUCGGCCUUAAGGUCAAAACAAACUUUUGCUUAUGAGAAUAUGUGUAAAAAAUUACAUUUUAAGUAGUCGCAAACAUGUACAUACUUA